AUGGUAUCUGCAGUUAAGCGUAUAGCGAAAGUGGUGCACUGGCAGCACACGGCAAUUGUGUCGGCAGUCCUGAUCGGCACCGUUAUAAUCGCUAGCCAAUACUACACGGCUUCGUGGAACGACUGCACCACCACUGCCAGUAACCAGCAAGACUUCAAGAAAUUCUCGAGAUUCCACAUUCAGGACUACGGCCUCCAGGGACCCAUUCCCUGGAACUACAUCAGACCGUCCGUCCGCGAUGCCUUUACAGUCAACGGCUCGAUCCGGGUCAUUGAAUUUUUCCGCGGGACGGAUAUGGUGGACUCUGGAGCGAAGCCGUUCGUCUGGUCGACCGAGUUUGUCGCUCAAAAACGUCGACGGGCGGAGAGGCGAUACCCUCUGGUUUCUAGUUACGGCGAAAAUACAACCUUAACCUUUUAUGAGGCGUUCGAUAAGUACCCUGUGAAAGGGAAAUCGGUACUGGUGAUAGGGAGUCAAAACCCUUGGGUUGAGGGGAUUCUCCUGGCGUAUAAAGCUGGGUCAAUCACGACCGUUGAUUUCAAUAAACCGGUUGCAGAUUAUCCCGGGUUGAGGCUGUGGAAUAUUGCCGAGCUGGACGCUACAGAUGAGACCUUUGACGUGGUAGCUUCGUAUUCGUCGCUGGAGCACGAUGGGCUGGGGAGAUAUGGCGAUCCGCUAAACCCGGAUGGGGAUCGGCACAGAAUGAUGAAGAUCAGGGGCCUGUUGAAGCCAGGAGGGCUCUUCCUGCUGGGGGUCCCUGUGGGCAACGAUUCACUAGUGUUCAAUGCGCAUAGAGUGUACGGUCCUAUCCGGAUGCCGCUGCUGCUUGAGGGAUGGGAACUGGUGGACGUGUUUGGGGUGUCCAGCCUCGAAGCAGCUUAUAAGGUGAACAUGGAUAACGCCACCGUGCAGCCAGUCAUGGUGUUGAGGUAG